AUGCUCGGAGAACACAAAUUCCCAUUUCCUCCUCAUAAUCAACAAAACCAUGCCUUUGAACCUCCCUUACAAAAUCACCACUUCCAACAAAGUGCUUUGUACAAUAGUACAAAUUUUUCUCAAAGACAUCAUCCUCAGUCACAAUUUAAUCAAGAUCAAAAUAUUACAACACAACAAUUUCCUCCACCAGAUCAAAAUCAAUUUCAACAUUUACAGACAAAUAUUGAUUGUCGUUUUCAAAAUAACGAUAACAAUAAUAAUCCACAUGGACAACCACAACAUUAUCAAUCAUUGCCAGAAAUAUAUUCAUCACCAUACAGUCCUUAUUAUAUGGACACAUCGAUGGGUGGCCUAGGUGUUAUUCGUGGCCGGCGCGAAGGCGUGGAGAAUGAGCUCGAAGAGUAA